GAGUCACACUGGAGCUUGGCAACUCUGACCAUGCAGGGGACACUUGUCAGAGAAACUAUAAACAUCGAGGUACCAACCAAAUCUAGACUAAAACAGAUUAAGUCUGGAACAACCAGCAAGCAAAACAUCAUUUUCGAUUUGGUUUGAGAAAUUGGACUGUUCCUCCGCGGGAUGCAUCACUUCAACUCAAUCCCUCAGAUCACACAACAGGACCUCCACAGAGACUGAAAGAUAGAUUGGGAGACUGACAUAUUCGAAGCUGAACUUUGUAAACUAUUAACCAACAGCUAAAGAAAACAGCAGUAAACUAUUAAUCAACAGCCAAGAUGGCUCCUGUUGUUGUUGUUUUUGAUUUAUCAUCUGUAAGAAACUUAUGGGAAGGAAGAAUAAAAAAACAGAAAGAACGGCAGCGAAGAGAAAGAGAAAGACAGGAAAAAAGCGCAUUAACAAAGAUUACUGAAGAGUGGACACUGAGACUUGAACGUAGAAGAAGAGCCAUUAACAAGUAUAUUCAGAACAAAACAGAUCAAUUACGUGAUGAAGUGCAUGUUCAGAAGAAUCAAUUAAAUGGCACAGAAAAGAACUCACAGCUCACUGGAUAUAGAAACCUAAUUUUACCAGAAUCGAGAAAGGAUGUCACAAUUGAGGAAAGAAAAUUUAUUUUCGAACUGCAGGGAAUAGAGUGGAAGGAAUUUCCUGAAACGUUAAAGGACAAGACUUAUCUAAAAGAGUGGCAUAUUAAGAAAACAAGCAUAGAACACAUCCCAUCUUUUAUUGUCAUGUUUCAGAACCUGAUUGUGAUGGAUUUGUCCAGAAACUGUAUCAAGGAACUUCCAAUUGAAAUAGGCAAAAUGGUCAGCCUGAAAGAACUGAAUGUUAGUUUCAAUAAGCUGACAUCCGUCCCACUGGAGCUUGGAUGUUGCGAGAAUCUAGAGAAACUGAAUUUAUCGAAUAACCUGGAAUUGAUAGAGCUCCCAUUUGAGCUACGGGAUCUGCAAAAACUGAGUAGCUUGGAUUUGUCCACAAACCAGUUUCAAAGCAUGCCUAUCUGUGUGCUCCGAAUGACAAACCUCAAGAAUCUAGACAUUAGCAACAAUAAACUGAAAGACCUGCCUCAAGAUUUAGACAGACUUGCUGAGCUAGAGUCCCUGUACCUUCAGAAGAACAAGCUGACCUAUCUGCCCAAAGUCUUGUGCAGAAUGAAUAAACUAAAGAUACUAGUUGUCAGUGGCGAUGACAUAAAGAAAUUGCCAACUUCUCUGACAACUGACCCUAAUUUAAAAUAUAUUGAUCUGAGGGAAAGUCUGCUUGAAGACUGGAUGCUCAAUGAAAUCUUUGAAAAUGAUGACGAUCAAGAAGAAUUUGAAAAAGACUUGAUGCAAAUGUAUUUUAAGGAUUUGGAAGAGAGAGAAAAAGCUCCUGCUUAUACUACAAGGGUAUCUCUAAGCCUACAGCUCUAACAUACACUACCAAAAUUGUGGAUCUGAAGAGAACGAAACUUUGUGACACAUUGUGAAGAAUCUAUCCACUCUACUAGGAAAAUGACAUAAGGAAGUUAGCAGUGGGAUAUUAGAACAAAUUUCGAUCUGAUUUAAGGGUUUAGAGGACAGUUAGAUAUUCAUGUUGCUAUAUGUAGGUUGCCUUUUAAUUCUGGCACAUUUCCGAGGCUGACCAGAGGUGAUUUGUUGAUUGAAGUAAACGUUCAGAUGACUACAUGACCAAAUGAAAAAAAUGAGCAAUAGUAUUACAAUCUGGAUAUUUCUAACAUGAAUGUACUAUAGUUACAUUAGUUACAGAAGAAAGAUUAUGAAUAACCAUGCAUAUUUUCUUUGUCUAUCUUGGCUGACCUAAUUCACAAUGUUGCAGUAGAAUCUAGUUACAGUUAGAAAGUUAUUUUAACCAAUCAUCUGAAGCCAUUCAUACAUAGUAUUUUCUUCAUUUCAUUUAUUGUAAAGUGAGAUCACUUAUAUUCACUUUGGUCUAGCAUUCACCUGCUUAUUUCUCUAUACAUGAGACAUUUAUGAAUUAAAAGUACAAAGCGUCAAUUCGGGAUUUGCUUAAAGGUUCCUAAAAAUAAUUCACAGUUCAAAAUAACUUUUCAUCAUCUUUAAUUCCCGUAGUUGAAGGAAGGUCCACUAUCAUACUGUUCCAUUAUUUCCUUUCUCUGUUAUGGUCUACAAAGACAAACAUAAAUAACUUUAUGCAGUCAGUGGGCAUAGUUCACAACAGUUCCAAAGAAUGUGGCAGUUUUUUGUUCUCCUUCUAAUGAACAAUAAUUGUACUUUCAAGACUUGACUAUCUCACAGCAAAAUGAGGCUGACUGAUCUUGUGCCAGUUGUUGGUAGCAUUGAUAAAUGCAGGAGAAGAUUAAGCUGGUAGGUAACUGUAAAUACUAACUACUUCUUUUCUGGAUCCUCCUUGAAUCUGUCCAUGAAUGUUAUUUAUAAGAGAAGGAAAAGUGGAAAUUUGAAAGCAGGGCUUUUUACUAUCACUGAUAACUGAAAACCAUUUUAACUGAAUUUCUGUUUGCUUUCAUUACACAAAAUGUGUCCAUAAUGUUUGAAUAAUGAAUAAUGUAACAGAUUUAAAUGAUGUUUUGUAAGAAUGUUUAAAAAUUCUCAUCUUACUCUCUAAUUCAGUAAUGUUGAAAAUAAAUGAUCAUUUUAAAAAAUUAUUUCACAUAAGUGAGCUGAACCAAAUCAACUUUUCAUAUUCUGAUUAAUUACUUCGCAUCAAAAUAUAUUAUUCCAGACUAAACAGAUAAUUUCAAUAAAAUAAAUGGAACUCCUCUUUGUUAAUGGUAUAAUUUUUGCACUUUGUGAAGUGAUAUUGUAAAGGUGGUUAAAUGUAAAUAUGUCACACUUGAGCACACAGACUAGGAGGUUUCUUGUUCAAAUUUUGGCCCUUUCUGGGUGCCAGUCUCAGCCAGGAAAAUAAUAAUAGUUGUUACAAUUGGCUUCCAUCUUUCAAAAAUAUUGCUGUAGGUUUUCAGUUGUGAUAUUUACUUUGAAAUUACUUGCUGGAAGUGCAUGUGCAUGAAUGUCCGAUGACACCUGGCUUAGGUUUGGCUGUGAUAGCCAUAUGAUACUCAUCAAGGAGGAGAAAGUGAGGUCUGCAGGUGCUGGAGGUCAGAGCUGAAAAUGUGUUGCUGGAAAAGUGCAGCA